GUAUGCUGAAUUCCCCGCCUCCCCACUUUUCAACGAGCGCACCGCUAUUUUUAGCACUGCCACGGAUUAAUGUAAAGUGGCGCAGAGACCGUGAACCGGACUGUCCACAAGCAUUGUAGGACCUCGCUCGGCAUAGGUGCAUUCAGUGAGUUACUUGUCACGGAAACCACUUGGCACGGAUUCGGAAAUCGAGUGGGGGGAAUGAUGACAAACUCCAUGUACCCGUUUCUGGCUUUCUUUUCCUAAAGAAGCAUUUUCAAGGAUGCUGCUUUCGAAGCGGAUUGAACAACAACCCCGGCCCUCGCUGGUGGUUCUCCUAUGUUUCAUUCUCGCCACUGUCAGUGCCAGCAUGCCAGCUGGGGGUAAGUGCCCGUACCACAUAGACUGUGCCCGUGAGGGGCGGCACUUCUGCAAACCUGGCACCUCCUACUGCGGCCCCUGCCUCACCCCAUUGGAAGAGAACGAGGAAGGACAGUGUGUAGCAAGGAAGAGGCGCCAUCACCAUGGUAAAGUGACAGCCUUCUCUGAUCUAGAUGAAGAGAUUGACUUCCUUCACUCAGUCAUUGCCAAACAGGAAGUGUCAGAGGUCAAACAAUCAAAACAAUCAGACACCCCCUCCAAGGCAGUUCCUAUGACUCAGACAAAGUUUCCCAGACAGAGAGGCAAGGCCCAACCUUCUGCGGAGCAGCCCACUACCGCCCACCCCUCUACCCGGACCCCGCAGCCUGCCACUGGGGCUCUGGAGAGGGUGGGACCGGGGGGACCUGGAGGCCCUAUAGCUAUCCCAUACCCCUCCAAGGACAGUCUCCUUGUCAUUAUGAUCUCUGUGUGUAUCAUCUUUGGCACUGUGGCCCUGAUCUUGGCUACAGUUUGCUGGUUAAGGUUGCAGAAGGAAUCACGUCUGGCCCAGAAGGUAGAUUACCCUGCAUUUGGAAGCAAUGGAAAUGGAACAGCCAACAGGACUUCAUCGGGGGAUAAGAAGUUGGCCCAGAGUGCUCAGAUGUACCACUACCAGCAUCAGAAACAGCAGAUGCUCUCCAUGGAAAAACAUAAAUCGGAGACAAAAGUCACUGACUCAGAAGUCACAUCAGAUGAGGAAGAAGUGGGUGGAGACUUCACUGUGUACGAGUGCCCUGGCCUUGCACCGACUGGCGAGAUGGAAGUGAAAAAUCCUUUGUUUGACGACUCUGCUCUACACUACCAAGGGAAACCCAAGGGAAUUCCAUAGGCUUUAAUGCAUGCUGGAACACGCAGACACCACACACACAGAAACAUACACCCAAUUAAAACAGAAUACAAACCUACACACACAAUUUCUUUACUCUGGAAAAGACCACCUUAACUCUCCAAUCAGGUUGCUCUCUCAAAACUGGACAGGCUUAUACAGAUGUCGGAUCUUAAUUUGAUGCAUUUUGUUGCAGAAGGAAAAUUAUCUGCAGCAGGAGGAUUUGAAUGUCUAUUUAAUAUUGAGAAUCAAUACCAGGGGGCAGCUGGAAGCAGUGUUUUGUAGGCUAUACAAUAAUUUAGAUUGUAGGUCCACUGACUUGAAUUGUUGUAUUACAUGUUCAAGGCAAACAAUAAGCAAAAUAAAUUGGUGGUUAUCACAGAACCUGUGUGGUCCAGUGGGUACAGCCGCUGACAACGGUAAACUUAUGCUAGAGUAGGCAUGGGUUUGAAUCUGGUCCACUAAUGUCCUUUGAGAAACUAGUACAUUUCUAGUUCAUCUCUGUGGGCUGUACAUUUCCUCUUACUCAAGUAAUUUCUGGAGGAAGUAACUUAUUUUUUACUCCAUUACAUCUGACCAAAUUACUUUAGUUACAUAGAUUUUUAAAUAAUAUUGUCGCUGUCGGAUGACAUUUUUUACAUGACUCGAUACUAUACGUCUGUAUGAACGUUUCACAACCACUUGACCAAUGAAAUGUAUUCAAAAUAGGUUGUCAUCAAAACUCUUAAGUCCAUUGUCUCUCAAAGUUGUCCAUCAAACCCAGUUUUAUCUCCACCACGACUCUCGAAGGGAAGCACACGUCUUCAUAUUUUUGUUCUUGGGUUGUUCUUGGGACUCUGAUAGAGGUAAGUUGCACUUUAAUUACCUUCUGCCUUUGUAAUAUUAUAUAUUUCUAAAGUAAGAUAAGUAAUUUCUAAUAUAUUAUUAUGUUGUUGAAAUUGUGUUUUGAGGACAAGUGAAAAUCAAAUGGCUAAGUAGCUAGCUAACUAACUAGCUAGCUUCGGCUGACCCAGACUGUGACAGAAAAAGUUUAAUCUCAUGUUUUUAGCUCCCCAUAUGUCCUCUGGUGGACAUUCCUGCAGUCAGCACACCCCCUCAACUCGAGACAUCUGUGGCUCAUUGUGUUGUGUGACACGACUGCACAUUUUAGUGGCCUUUUAUUGUCCCCAGCACAAGGUGCACCUGUGUACUGAUCAUGCUGUUGAAUCAGCUUGUUGUAAAGACACACCUGUCAGGUGGAUGGAUUAUUAUCACUAACAGGGAUGUAAACACAUUUGUGGAAGAAAAUGUAGAUUAAGACUUUUUUUGUCUCUCUGGAAAAUGUCUGGGAUCUUUUAUUUCAGCUCAUGAAACAGGAGACCAACCAUUUACAUGUUGCGUUCAUAUUUUCGCUCAGUAUAGCUAUCACAUUAGGUUGCCAUUACAAGACAAGCUGUCUAAACUAGAUGCAGCGUCAACGAUGUAGCUAGCUAACAUUAGCAAGAUCAACAGGUCAGUCCACCGCAGCAUCCUCCCACACAUUUCUCUCCCUGUUUGUGUGUGUCAUUCUGUUUUUAUGAAAAUGCCUAUAAGCACCUCUUUCAUACAGUCAGUGUAUCAUCUCAGAAGCUUUUUGUGCCCUAUAGAAAUCAUAUAGAUUGUCUUUUUAUUUCUAGCUUGUAGCGGCAGAACCGAGGCGAUAGGAGAAUGAGCCAGCCAAGAAAAGAAAAGACUCUUUAAAGAGGAAAGGACAGGUUCGGAAGGGAUGGAGUAUAAAUGCUGUUUUGUCUAGAAGGGAUAAAGCUUUUGUCAAAAAUAUACAUUUGUCAUAACAGGUUAGGAGGAAUAAGUUAAGGUUAGUAUAAGUGUUAGGAUUAGCUAAAAUGUAACAAAAAAAUAGACUUUUGACAUCAAUUUAAUUCAAUGGUAAACUGUGUCUGAUUUGCAUACUAGUAACACGGUUUGAUAAUGACAUUUCGGUAUUGAGGGUUUUACUGUUGUAACACCUAUCCAUUCUGAGUGAGAAAUUGAACAUCACUCUUGGUGUAAAUAUUUUUGUAUGCAUAUUCACAUGUACUUGAAAUGAUAUUGUGAUUGUCAUUAAUGCUAUUGAAAUUGUACAAUUAUUCCAAUGCCUCGAGUACCACAUACCUUUUUAUGAAAUUGUGCACAUUGCUAGAUAUUAAGUCAACAUUGCAUGAUCCUAAUUGAAACUAUACAGCCUACCGACUUUAUUUGAUGUUAGUCUUCAUUGGAGAGUACCUGUGCUGGGGGACGUCUGCAAGAUGGUGCUGGCAGGCUUUAAUUAGAAAUUAAUGUUUUCUGACCGGAUACUUUUGUACUCAUUCAUGAGUCGUUUCUCAAGAAGGCAAAUUUUACUUUGUAAUUCAUUCAUCGAAGUAACAGUACUUGUGCUUAAAUACAAUUUUUCAGUACUCUACCCAUCGCUGCAAAUUAUACAUAGCCUAACUAAAAAUACAUGGGUGAGCAUACACACUGGAGGAAAGUUUAUCGUUCUACAGUAGGCCUACAUCUGUCAAUCAAUUGAUGCUCCAAAUCAGCUCAUCAAUUUAGCCCGGGAAACACAAACAGUAGAUUAUCGGUUUUUACACCUUUUAUUUAGUGACUAUUGAUUGGCUAACGGCUAGCCUACAAAAUGUAGCCUAUAGAAAUAUAAUCAAAUAGCAAGGGGCCUAUUGCAACCAUUGAUGGCACUAGAUUAUUGCCAACUAAAGCCUUGUUCACACUGCAGGCCUUAAUGCGCAAAUCAGUUUGGGUUAUCAAAUCUGUUUUGGGCUACUGACUGUCCAGACAGCAAGCUAAAGGUGACCAAAUCGGAUUGUGUGUGUUCAGACAGCAGUCAUUUGCUGACAAGGCUACGCUAGUUGUCAUAGUAAUGACAGGUGUGUGUGCACAGUGGUGUAGGCUGAUUGGUGGUGCUUGUGCUUCCUAUCACUCAGACGUUCUGUAGCAAGCUAAGGUGACAACAAUGCCUUCCAUGGACGUGUCCCAGUUGCUUUGAAUGUUUAAAAUCAUUAGGGUAAGAACACUUUUAAAGCCUCAAAGGACAAGAUGAUCCAACUUUCAAAACGAGUCCUUUUUGGCUAGCCACAGCAGUCACUAGCUAGAUAGGUAGCUGUUUAGCUUUCUAGCAUAUUCACUAGUUUGUUUGUAAACAAUGAACAAGCCCGGUAGCUACCACAUGUUCUUGUCAAACUGUCAGAGUAUCUAGCAAGCAACAAGAUAUGCCAAAUAACAGUCUAAAAACCACUUGAGGGCAAAUAAAUCCGAUUUGACCAUUCAGACACAAGUCACAUGGCCAGGAAUGUGGUUUGAAAUGCGGAUUGAAAUAUCAGAUUCCAUGUGUUUUUUUGGCUUUGCAGACAGCAGGGAAAAUAACAGAUCGAAUUGAAAAUGCAAAUAAAUAGGAUUUGAGUAAUUUCAAACUGCCAAUGUGAACACGGCUACAGGUCUCGUUAAACUAUCAAUAUGCUCUAAAUUUACCCACACAGCUGAUCUCAAUUCCAACCAUUACCUCUAAGGCCCGCAAAAAGAUGAUGGCGGUGUUACCUUAUUCAGGGAUCUGUAUAUAAUGACGAGAUGCUCAUGUCUCCGCCCUAACAAUGGGAGUCGUCCCAAAGGCAGACAAUAAGCUUAGGUCUGCAUAUUAAGCCCAUAGAAACGCUUUGGGCUUAUUUUUGCGAGAGUGAGCCCUCUCACGUCACCUCUUCCUCUCUACCUUAGUCCUGCUUUCAACCAAAGUCUUUCAAGAUAUGUUCGUCCUCUGGUUGGUAUUGUCAUCGGAACAAUUUAGUCCUUUUUGAACAGACUACGGGUGAUUUAUCUAUUUUACAAUCAAUUCUGUACAAUAGAAAUAAAGUAUUUCCUCAUUUAUUAUGGCAAAUCUACUGUGGCAAUUCCCCCAACACGUUGUAUGAAUGGAAACUAAUGUUGGUGUAUUAUGGUUAUUUUAUUUCUUUACUAUUUUUGUUAUCCAAAAGUGUCUGGUAUGGUAAUUUCUAAUCAAGAAAUUACCCUGGACUGUCCAUAUUUAUAAUGUCUAACUACAUCAAGGCAAUCUGGAGAUUGCAUUAUUUGGGCUGGACUCGAACGCACUCCAACACGGUAGGCCUAUAUGUGCAAGCUGAAGGCAGUGGCGCUAACCACUAGACCACAAUUGAACUCAAUUUGGAUAGUUUAUUCCAGGGGCGCAACUUUCACUGGGGAACAUGCCAAGGCCUAUAGCAUUUGAGCGAGCUGGAGAGAAUUUUUGUUUAAGAUAGCGAGCUCUGAUCCCAAUAACUCGACUGUCCACAAAUGGAGAGAGAAAUUACUGCUCAUUUUUAACCAAUCACAAGGCUCAUUUGAAUUACUGAAUCAGGAAAAUGUUCCGCAACAAGAGUAAUCAAGUUAAGAUCCAACAUCUGUAGUAGAAUAAAUUUUAAAAAUUAAGAAAAUGAAGAGGGAUGUUGAUUGACAGAAACUCUGGAUCACUCACAGCCAUUGUGGACUUCUAUGGGAACUACAGCCAUGUGUAAAACUCAAUGUGUGUCCCAAAUGGCACCCUAUAUAGUGCACUACUUUUGACCAAAGCCCUAUGGGUCCUGGUCAAAAGUAGUGCACUAUAUAGCCACUUUUGUGUCAACUGGAUAUUAUUACCCCCCCCCCCUCUUAGAAUCAAUGUUUCCUUUGCUUGCCUUUGUAAAGCUCAUUAUUUUGUGCAGUGAUCCCCCAAAGCCUCUGUUUGAAAGUUUACAAUGAGCAAACAUGUAUAGAUUGCAUACAGAACACAGAGAUGUGCAGUUUUUAUAAUAUAAUAUAUAUAUAAUAUAUAAUAAAAAACAGUCCCUUACUGUAUUUGUCAUGCAUAGCUAGUAGCUAAACCCAGUUCAUUAUAGGUACAUAAGGAGCGAGAGGAACACAAGGGGACACUGUCAUGAUAUACUGUGAUAUAAUCUUUAAAGUACUAUUUUUAUGCCCACGAAAAUGGUGUGAUUCCGACAUGUUUGACUUUGAUUCAGUCUCAUAUGUGUAAGAAUCCUGUAACUGAACGAGACGUUUAAAGUGAUAUAUAUGCACUUGAAUGUCUAUAGGAUUUGUGGUGGAUGUAUGGUAAAUAUCACUAUUUAGUAUUGUCUCUGUUUUAUCCUCUGUUUGGGGCGGCAGGAAGCCUAGUGGUUAGAACAUUGGGCCAGUAACUGAAAGGUUGCUAGAUCAAAUCCCCGAGCUGCCAAGGAAACUGUCGUUCUGUCCCUGAACAAGGCACCCACUGUUCCUAGGCCGUCAUUGUAAAAAGAAAAUGUGUUCUUAACUGACUUGCCUAGUGAAAUAAAAUUUAAAAAGAAGAUAUAUCCCUCUCAGUUCCAACUUUUGACCCUAAAAUGGACUGCACAAAAUGGGUGAAUGAAGCAAUAGGAGUGGCUGGAGUGGGUGCUGGGGAUCAGUUUUAUUAGUCGAUCCUUAAUGGGGAGGUGUGUGGGGGAGGGGGCUUGGAGUAGGUACUGGAAAUAUCCAUUCCUGACUCUGUUAUCCAGCUCUCUAUGACGUGCUGUGUUGUCGGUUCCGCAUCACACACCAACACCAAAUAAAAGACUGUUUCAUUCGUUUUCAACUUU